ACCCGCCAUUUUGUCCAAACAAUAUUUAUGAAGUGUUGUAUUUUCAAACAAUUUCUGACUUUUGUACCGCGAAGAAAAGCUGUUUUUCCUUUCAGAUGAACCAGGCAGAAAAAGGAGAAGAAGGAAAUAGAGAGGAGUGGAUGACAAAGUUAACAGACAUGCGAUUUCAGAGAGCAGACAUGAACCGUCUGAUUAUGGACUACCUUGUUACAGAGGGCUUCAAGGAGGCUGCCGAGAAAUUUAAAAUGGAAUCCGGCACGCAGCCUUGUGCUCCGCUGGAAAAUCUCGACGAAAGGAUUAAAAUAAGAGCCGCUGUCCAACGUGGAGACAUCGAAGAAGCAAUCGCUCUGACGAACAAGUUAAACCCGGAGAUACUCGACUGCAAACCGCAUCUGUAUUUUCAUCUUCAGCAACAACGCCUUAUCGAGUUAAUUCGUGAAAAAGACAUUGAAUCGGCUGUUGAUUUUGCCCAAAACCAGCUUGCUGAGCAAGGCCACGAAUCUCCCGAGUUCCUGGAAGAACUAGAGCGAACUAUGGCUUUGCUGGCGUUUGAUAACCCUGAGGAUUCACCGUUUGGUGAAUUGCUGUGUACUUCACAAAGACAAAAGGUUGCUAGUGAAUUGAAUGCUGCCAUUCUGGAAGCAGAACACAGAGAAACCUCACCCAAGUUGUCUAAUUUGUUAAAACUGUUGUUGUGGGCGCAAACAGAGUUGGACACCAAGAAAGCAAAGUUCCCCAAAAUGGUAGAUGUUGCAAACGGUACUUUUGAUGGUUCACUCUAAGACAAAAAAGCUUGAUGAAUAUUGAACGGUGAAAGGUAUUUCUUUGACUAAUAAAGCCAAACUUCGUACAGAAAGCAUUGGUCUUCCCAAAUCAAGGGGUGACCCAUUCUAGACUUAAGAGAGCACAGUUUCUGUGGAGCAUACACAUAUUAUGUGUUGGCUCAACUAAUUUUCUGGGAAAUUAUGUUCAACUCCAGUUACUUGUGAACUUGUGUACUCAAUAAAGAGCCAUACAAUACUCUUGUAACA